AUGGAAAGACCAAGGUUCAGUGACCAUCUAGAGGCAAUCAAGUUUAUCUGCAAAGACUUCUGGUCUGAGGUCUUCAAGAAGCAGAUAGAUAAUCUAAAGACAAACCAGCGGCAAGUUCCGAUGGCUGUCUCGCGUGUCGCGUCUCAAUUGAGCCUUCAGCUGAGAAAGAAACGGAAGAUCCGUCAUGUACAUGUAUCAGCACAAGUGGUGAGCAUGUACAUGUAUUUCCCAUGUGGAAUCAUAAGAGGUGUUCUCUGCAGACAUUUCAAGCCUUCCCACAUAUGA